GAGUUUAUGAAGUUAGCUCCCCUGACUCCGUCCACCACCUCCCUCUUCCUUUCACCUGUCGUUUACCUUCGCUUUACGUCACAGCUUGAUUGCGAAACACAAACCUCCGCACCAUAAACCAUAUCUCUCUCUCUCUCUCUCUCUCUCUAUAUGCAAAAACAUUCCACCUGUAAUACCCACACUCGCAAUUGCAAUCUCUUGCAGCACACGCGUCCUUCUUCUUACUCUUCUCUUCUUCGCUGCCGCAACAAACCGUGAAACCCUGCAUCUGCAUGGCUCUCACGCUCUUUCGAUUGUUCCUUUUGCUCCUUUUUACCUUUGUUGAUGGACGCUUCGUAGUGGAGAAGAGUAGCAUCGCGCUUCUCUCACCGCACAAGCUCAGAACAAAGCGCGAUGGCGCUAUCGGUAAUUUUGGCCUUCCAGAUUAUGGAGGCUUCAUCGUUGGCUCCGUCGUUUAUCCUGAUAAAGACUCUCACGGUUGCAAAGUCUUCGAUGGCGAUAAGCCUUUCAAGUUUCGCUCUAAUCGUCCAACUAUUCUUCUCCUUGAUCGUGGAGAGUGUUAUUUUGCCUUGAAAGUUUGGCAUGCCCAACUGGCUGGAGCUGCAGCUGUUUUGGUGACUGAUAGCAUUGAGGAGUCUCUGAUAACCAUGGAUUCUCCUGAGGAGAGCUCUGAUGCUGAUGGAUACAUAGAGAAGAUUGAAAUUCCAUCGGCUCUAAUAGAGAAAUCCUUUGGUGAUACGAUAAAGGAAUCUUUAAAUAACAAAGAUGAAGUUUUGCUUAGAAUAGACUGGAGAGAGUCAGUUCCUCACCCUGAUAACAGAGUUGAGUAUGAGUUCUGGACCAACAGCAAUGAUGAAUGUGGAGCUCGUUGUGACGAGCAGAUGAAUUUUGUGAAGAAUUUUAAGGGUCAUGCUCAGAUUCUUGAGAGGGGUGGUUAUACCUUAUUCACUCCACACUAUAUAACUUGGUUUUGUCCUCAGCCCUUCGUUCUUAGCAGUCAGUGCAAGUCUCAAUGUAUUAACCGCGGGAGAUAUUGUGCCCCAGAUCCAGAGAAAGAUUUUGGAGAGGGAUAUGAAGGGAAGGAUGUCGUAUAUGAAAAUUUGAGGCAGCUGUGUGUCCAUAGAGUUGCCAAUGAGAGCAACCGUUCGUGGGUCUGGUGGGAUUAUGUGACGGAUUUCCAUGUCAGAUGUUCUAUGAAGGAGAAAAGAUACAGCAAAGAUUGUGCUGAUGAUGUCAUGAAAUCUUUAGAUCUGCCUAUUGAGAAAAUUAAGAAAUGCAUGGGUGAUCCUGAAGCGGACGUGGAGAAUGAAGUGCUAAAGAGUGAGCAACAAGUUCAGAUUGGGAGAGGAUCUCGUGGUGAUGUCACUAUCUUGCCAACAUUGGUUAUAAACAAUGUCCAGUACAGAGGGAAAUUGGAGAGAACUGCUGUACUGAAGGCAAUAUGUUCUGGAUUUAAGGAGACUACUGAACCUUCGGUUUGUCUAAGCGGAGAUAUUGAGACUAACGAGUGUCUUGAAAGAAAUGGAGGAUGUUGGCAAGACAAAUAUGCUAACAUAACUGCUUGCAAGGAUACUUUCAGGGGAAGAGUUUGCGAGUGCCCUGUUGUUAAUGGGGUUCAGUACAAGGGUGAUGGUUAUACAUCAUGUGUGGCUUUUGGGCCUGCAAGGUGUUCUAUAAACAAUGGUGGGUGUUGGUCGGAAACAAGAAAUGGAGUAACUUUCUCUGCAUGCUCAGAGUCCCAGGUAAAUGGCUGUCAGUGCCCAGUUGGGUUUCGUGGGGAUGGUCAUAAAUGUGAAGAUGUUGAUGAAUGUAAGGACCGAAGUGCUUGUCAGUGUGAUGGCUGCAGCUGCAAGGACACUUGGGGUGGUUACGAAUGUAAAUGCAAGGGAAAUCUUCUAUAUAUAAAGGAACAAGAUGUUUGUAUUGAAAGAAGCGGUUCAAGAUUUGGACGAUUCCUUGCUUUUGUGGUCAUAGCAGUUGUUGUGGGUGCUGGUCUAGCUGGUUACGUGUUUUACAAAUAUAGGCUCAGGUCUUACAUGGACUCGGAGAUCAUGGCUAUCAUGUCACAGUACAUGCCACUAGACCAGCAAAAUAAUGUAGUUCACGCCGAAGCUCAGCCUUUACGACAACAAGGCACAGUGUAAUACAAAGACAUACAUAAUAAGCUAAAAGAAGUAAAAGGAAACUCGUUACCUAGUUGAAUUCCACGAGAGAUGGAUUAUAUACAUGACUGGAUAUAUGCAUUGGACAGGGAAGGAAGAUGAGUACUUUACUGUAGGAUAAUUAUGUGAACGAUUGCAAUGCUUACAGAAAUUUUCUGAAUAGAGUAAAUUCCAGUUUCCACAGUUUGUAAAUAGAACUGUUUUGAGAUGUAAAUGCACACCUGAGAUACAGUAUAAGGAUUCACGUGAUGUUGGAGUACAACUUAUGACGACAUUGAUA